UUCGAUUCAGUUCUUGGCGGCCAACGCGUGUGAACGGCAGCAGUUUUCCGACAUCCCGUCCCAUUACCUGAGAAAGGGCGCUCACAAGCAAUGAGAACAACAGUUCAGUAGAGGAGGAUCACACCGCGCCAGAGUUCCAGAAGAGGUGGAUCGUAGCGACCCAUGCAAACGAGUUGAACGUCGUCGUUGUCGGCUGAAACGAGCAAAACAAACAAAUCUCUGGAUUCUGUUCUUCGCGAUAAGAGAUUCGAAAUCGGGGAACGUUCGAAUGUCUAGGUUUACGUGUAAUCGCGUUUAGCAGUUGGGACGUUCUACAUCUCUCCGCGCACGCCGAUAGUGGGAGAUUAAUCUGCUCGCGAAAAUUAAACCUUGAACUGAGCGCGAAGAGUGUGGUUCACCGUAAGCGAAGUCAUUAAAGUGAAAACGUAAUAACAUCGUGUUGCAAUAGUAUUUAUUUAAUUUAAUUUAACCCCAAAGUGCAAUUAGAAGAGCGUGUCGCACACAGAGGGUUCCCCAUACACUGCUUCUGUUUAGAUAUCUUAGCUUCGUGAGUGACCCACCAACGGAAGAAAGCCUAAAGUGUUAGAAUGUCGUCGAAGAAAACGGCAGACGGUCGUAUCGUGACAACGUACGAAUUUCCGGUACGACCGGAGAAGCAAUCCUUCAAACAGUUUUGCUAUAAUAAAUCCUCGGGGGAGAUUCUCGGCAGAACUUCCAAAAGCUGGGGUCAGUUGGUAUUGUUCUACCUUGCCUUCUAUGCCGUGCUGGCUGCACUGUUCGCCAUCUGUAUGCAAGCGCUACUGGCCACCAUGAAUCACAAAUACCCCAAAUGGCAGCUGGAGGAAUCGCUGAUAGGAACCAACCCGGGGCUGGGCUAUCGACCGAUGCCGGCCGACGUCGAGGAAGGUGCCAUGAUCCACUAUGCUGCUGCCAACAAAACCCAGGUCAACGAAUGGGUCGGUCGGAUCAACGAAUUUCUGGAUCCCUAUCGGGAUCAAACAAUGCUUCCAGGUGGUGGAAAAAAUCAAAUGAUCUGUGACUUCCAAAAGCCACCCUCCCCAGACAACGUGUGCGCUUUCGAUGUUUCAAAGCUGGGACCAUGCAGUGCCGAGCAAGGAUACAGCUACAACAAAUCUGCUCCGUGUAUAUUCAUCAAACUGAAUCGCAUCUACGGUUGGAUGCCGGAGUUCUAUGACGAUGUUAACGACCUGCCCGAAGACAUGCCCACCGAUUUGUCCGAUCACAUCAAGUCGCUGCCAGUGGAGGCCCGCAAGCAGGUGUGGGUAUCGUGCAACGGGUUGGCCCCGGCUGACGUCGAGACGAUCGGUCCCAUCGAAUACUUCCCGAACCGUGGCCUGCCAACGUUCUACUAUCCCUAUACCAACCGGCCCGGAUACCUUAGCCCAUUAGUUGCGGUGCAUUUUGCACGUCCAGCAGUUAAACGCAGCAUUAACGUCGAAUGUCGCGUGUGGGCCAAGAAUGUCAUCUACCGUGGAGGCAUGCGCGACCGGCAGGGAUCGGUCAAUUUCAUUCUGCUGAUCGACUAAGAUUCGCCUAAUCCGCUAGAGUUGGGUAGCUUUUGUAAACUGAUCGAUGUAAGGACGACGGACGCGAUUCGGACACCUAAUGUAAUGCGGACCAAACUUUACAAUAGCGCAAUGCUAUUCGACUCGUAGGUUGUAUAUUAUUUCUUCAUAUUAGUUGUUGUUGAUUGGUUUACCCCAACCGAGGACGCUGGCCACGUUCGUGAUGGCCAGUCUCUGAACUAUGUUGUAAUUUAUUGUGAACCCAUACGUGGAAUAUCUCCGAACCAAUUGGAGUAACGAUAGACAAAGCUGGAAAAGUUGGCAAAUAAUAGGUAACUCCUGGUCGAGGACUCAAGAAAACCUAUUUACUUAAUUGAGAUGUGAUUAGAGAUAUACUAAAUAGAACAAUGAGAAUGAGAAUAAAUUAUACGUAUUAGGUUGAAUAAA